AUGUUUCUCCUACGCUCGUCAACACGCCGACCCGCGCCCUUGAAGAGUACCGACUACGACCACGAGAUCAACCUCGUCGAUCACACGAGGUCAGCGAGUCCAGAGGUCGCGCGGAGCCGCUCCGCGCGCUCCGCGGGUGAGCGGCCUCUGUCGCCAAAUGUAUCCGGUUCUUCUUCUCGGAGGCACAGCGAUGUCCCUCUGCGGAAACAUUCAACUUCACAGCGAUUGCGUCAGGAGAUCACCAAGAGGAAGUACUCCAAGUACCAGGAUCGCAGGCUGGGGGACCAAGGAUCUGACGAUGAGGAGUCUGCAGGCGGCGGCCCAACAGAGGGGACUGACGAGCAGGCAGUAGAUGGGGAACAGGAUCAGAGGGGUCGGCCUGCGAACGGUGGGAGUGGUGGCAAGAGCAAGACGAGCCCCAAAGAACCUCAAUCUGCGAUAGAUAUUCUCUAUGAGAAUCAGCGGGGAGGCUUCCUGUGUGGCAUGCCUCUCUUCUCAUCCAGGGCUCUUGGCAACGCGGAUCCUUCUCCGUGGACCAACAGUGCCCAAAAAACCAGUGCUACCAACAUCACUAAUGCGCAGGUGCCAGAUCCUUCGUGGGAAUGGGCAUGGCCAGAGUGGCAUAUCAAUCUUGAGGAUGGUGUCGAUGAAGACGGAUGGGAGUACUCGUUCAUGUUUUCCAAAAAGUUCUCCUGGCACAAGAAGUCAUGGUGGAACUCGUUCGUUCGUCGGAGGGCUUGGAUACGGCAACGUGUGAAGAAGCACACGGCAUACUUGCCCAACCAAGGACAUAUGCUCAAUUCGGAUUACUUUACUAUACAUCCUACCGAUGCUCGAAGCCGAAGCCGGGCAUCAACUGGGGCCGAAAGUCAAACGAACCGCUACAGUACAGCGACGCUGUCAAAGUGGGAACUGGACGAGGGAAUCGACUUUCAGAACAUACAGGACAUUGGGUCGCUCAUGAAAGCCUUGAAACUGGCUCGGAUAGAUCGAGAGAGGACAGAAGCUGUAGAGAGCUUCAUCAAGCAUGGUGGUGACGAUCUCUAUUACCUGAGAGACCACAUGCACGACAUCAUGGGCAUGUUUAUCUUCCAAGCAUCACGUCGUCUGCUCUUGAGCAACCUACUCAGCGAUUUCAAUAAAGCUUCCGAGGAGAACGAGAGUAGCGAAGCGGAGGGCGACUCUGUUCGGAAACGAAGACUAGAAAAUCUGGAGGCUGCCGUCAAGCAUGCCGACGAAGAAGUCCAGAGGCUGGAGUUCUGGAGCGAUGUCAAGGACAUGGCUGAGAAGGGUUUGACAAGGGGAGCAGUGGAUGAUAGACAGGGUUGGGAUCACAGAUGGGCUGGUAUCGACUCGAGUGGGCCGAGAGACGUUAUUUCGGAAAAGAAGUUACCUGGGACAGCUAAUUGCAAGCGUGGCGAAGGGAACGGAACGGCCAUCCUUGAUGGGCUUGGGAGGAAGCUUUCAGAAGGGAAAGCAGAUGGGAUGGCGAAGGGGAGAGGCAAGGCUAAGGAAUAG